CGGCGGCGGCGCCCGCGGGUGGUGUAAAAUGGCGGAUUUCGAGGAGUUGAGGAAUAUGGUUUCUAGCUUUAGGGUUUCUGAACUGCAAGUGUUACUAGGCUUUGCUGGACGGAAUAAAAGUGGACGCAAGCAUGACCUCCUGAUGAGGGCGUUGCAUUUACUGAAGAGCGGCUGCAGCCCUGCGGUUCAGAUCAAAAUCCGAGAAUUGUACAGACGCCGGUACCCACGGACUCUCGAAGGACUCUCUGAUUUAUCCACCAUCAAAUCUUCGGUUUUCAAUUUGGAUGGUAGCUCAUCACCUGUAGAACCUGACUUGGCCGUGGCUGGAAUCCACGCACUGCCUUCCACCUCAGUUACACCGCACUCACCGUCCUCUCCUGUGGGUUCUGUGCUGCUUCAAGAUACGAAGCCCACGUUUGAGAUGCAGCAGCCAUCUCCCCCAAUCCCUCCUGUCCAUCCUGAUGUGCAGUUAAAAAACUUGCCCUUUUAUGAUGUCCUUGAUGUUCUCAUCAAGCCCACGAGUUUAGUUCAAAGCAGUAUUCAGCGAUUUCAAGAGAAGUUUUUUAUUUUUGCUCUGACACCUCAGCAAGUUAGAGAGAUAUGCAUAUCCAGGGAUUUUUUGCCAGGUGGUAGGAGAGAUUAUACAGUCCAGGUUCAGCUGAGACUUUGCCUGGCAGAGACAAGUUGUCCUCAAGAAGACAACUAUCCCAAUAGUCUAUGUAUAAAAGUAAAUGGGAAGCUGUUUCCUUUGCCUGGUUAUGCACCACCACCUAAAAAUGGGAUUGAACAGAAGCGCCCUGGACGUCCUUUGAAUAUUACAUCUUUAGUUAGGUUAUCCUCAGCUGUGCCAAACCAAAUUUCCAUUUCUUGGGCAUCAGAAAUCGGAAAGAAUUACUCCAUGUCUGUAUAUCUUGUACGACAGCUCACAUCAGCCAUGUUAUUACAGAGAUUAAAAAUGAAAGGUAUUAGAAACCCUGAUCAUUCCAGAGCACUAAUUAAAGAAAAACUUACUGCAGAUCCUGAUAGUGAAAUUGCUACAACUAGCCUUCGGGUAUCCUUGAUGUGCCCUUUAGGGAAAAUGAGGUUGACAAUCCCGUGCCGCGCAGUGACUUGUACACAUCUGCAGUGUUUUGACGCUGCUCUUUAUCUGCAAAUGAAUGAGAAGAAGCCCACCUGGAUCUGUCCCGUGUGUGAUAAAAAAGCUGCCUAUGAAAGUCUCAUUUUAGAUGGGCUUUUUAUGGAAAUUCUCAAUGACUGUUCUGAUGUGGAUGAGAUCAAAUUCCAAGAGGAUGGCACUUGGUGUCCAAUGAGACCGAAGAAAGAAGCUAUGAAAGUGUCCAGCCAGCCAUGUACAAAAAUAGAAAGUUCAAGUGUCCUCACUAAGCCAUGUUCAGUGACUGUAGCCAAUGAGACAAGCAAGAAGAAAGUGGAUGUUAUUGACCUAACAAUAGAAAGCUCUUCUGAUGAAGAGGAAGACCCACCUGCCAAAAGGAAAUGCAUCUUUAUGUCAGAAACACAAAGCAGCCCAACCAAAGGGGUUCUCAUGUAUCAGCCAUCUUCUGUAAGGGUGCCCAGUGUGACUUCGGUUGAUCCUGCUGCUAUUCCGCCUUCAUUAACAGACUACUCAGUACCAUUCCACCACACGCCAAUAUCAAGCAUGUCAUCAGAUUUGCCAGGAGAACAAAGAAGAAAUGAUAUUAAUAAUGAACUGCAGCUUGGAACACCUCCUGAUACUGUGCAACAAUGAAUACAAAAUAAAACAAAUAAUUUGUAUUUAUGGAAUGGAAAACAGCUUGAUUAUUUCAAGAAAAAUAUGACUGCCUUAUUAUUGCUAGUGCCAUAUUGUCAGGUGCGAAUGGUGCUCGAAAGUUGUAUCAUUAAAAUUGGAAAGUGCUGAACAUUUACAUAUUUAAUUAUGUAGCUAUCAUGUUUUGUUAAAGUUCAUGACUCAAGUAAGGAAAAUGUGGUGUUAUUAAUAAGACAUGUAGAGUCAGUUUCACAUAAAGAAGCACUUAAAAAAAACUACACUUUUUUCAGUGUUAAUAAAAUAAAACAUUUAGAAUGUACCAUCAGAAUUUUAACACUGCCUGCUUUUUAGUUAAAAAUAAUUGAGCAUUUUCAGGCAUGAAAUACUUGGGUGGGCAUAAAAAUAUAUCAGUAUAACAGGCUGUAAUUGAAAUUAUGGUGAAAUAAGAAAACAGCAUUUUACUAAACUACAAAACAAGGCAGUAACAUUUUAAUCCGUAUUCAUGAAACUCCCAUCUAUUUCAUAUAGCAGUUUUAAUAGUAUACUUAAAAUGUUUAAGAUGCAAGACUUUGAGAAUAGUUGUGAGUUUUUUGUCAGAAGGAGUAACAUCUGAAAUACUGUAUCAAACUUCACUGUUAGUGUUUGAGGAAAAAAUGGGUUCAGUGAGAUAUAUUUACAUUAAAACAUUGGAUUUUGUGUGGAGAGCAUCUGUGUCACGGGACACAGUCAGGAGUUUCAACUGAUCUUAGAAACGUUUCUAGUUGUUUUAUUAUGGCAUACCAGAAGUCACCAUAUUCAGUUAUCCUUGGAUAAGGUGUCAAAAGAUAAAGAGGAAGUAAAUGUCUUAAAUCGUUUAUCAGUAUCUAUCCACUGCCACACAUAAAAUGAUCAUCAAAGAGAAUGACAGUACCUCCGAAGAGCUGGUAAUUGAAAUAAUGAAAAUCUGAGGAAUCUUUGCCCCUUGAUGGGCAGCCUCCAGUGCUGGCACUGCACAGACAGUCUGAAAAUUAUAUCAAGCCUGUGUCUUUUAUUUAAAUUGCAGUUUUGAAGUGGAAAUAGUUACACAUUUAGAAAACGAGCAUAUUUUAGCUGAUUUGGCUUCAGUACACAACAUUGCAAAAGAUAGUAAGAUUCUUCUUCAGCUUUAUAAAAAAGGUUUAAGUUACUCAAAUGGACUGAGUGAUUCGACAAACAUUAAAAGUGAUUGAACAUAUAAAAUUAAUUAGGCUAUAAAAAGCAGAAGCGGUUAUAAAGAGAAAAAUGCUACACCAUUUGAAGCAAAACCAAAUUAAUAAAAUUAAGUCAAUUAAAGGUCAUGCCAGUAAACUAUCUUUGUGACUUACUCAGUAAUAGAAAUGUUGAGUAUAUAAAAUUCAGAAGGUAUUGUAAAGGCUAGAAAGAUUUUGAAAUGCUGUUCAGAAGUGGAGGAUUUACUGAAUAAUAUCAUUAAUGUGAAGAGAAACUCUCAGCUUACUGAGAUAUGUCAUCUACUGAUUAUCAGUAUAACGGGGAAGUCAUUGGGAAAAGUUCAUUGUGCUCCCCUUUGUCCAUUGUUGGCUCAGGCUCUGUUGUAUCAUAAAGCUAGUGACAGGCCUAUGGAGUGAAAAACCGUAUCAGCAGUUUUUAAAAUGCUUUAGAAACUGAGUGAUUUCUUUCAAAUAUUUGGUGCUAUAGCUUGUAUCAUUUGAUAAGCCUUUUUAUCAUAUCCUUACAGAUUAUAAGGAAAUAAAUAUACUUUAAAAGAGGUAUAAAUUAUUCAUACUGGUUAUUAAAUAUUUUCAAUAUCAUUUCAACGAAUAUUCUCUAUUUUGAGUAACAGUCUAAUAUCAGACUUUUAUUCUGUAUGAUUGUUAUAUUUGAGGUGACAUUGAAUGCCAGCAUAUAAAAAUUGGCCUGUCUCACUGACCUAUACCUAGUAAUUUUUUUUUUAAUGUUUUAAAAUUUAGGUUUAGGGGGGCUGAUUUUGAAGUUUAUUGCUAGACUUUUCAAAGCUGAAACUUUACUAUUAUUUAUUGUUAUAAUUUUAAUACUUCGAAGUUGUAUUACUGGGCAAACUUUUCCACACUCCUGUUUUUAAAGCAUUAUUGGAGAAUCCCAGAUCUUUGGUUUAGAAAACUGCAUUAGCUAAUAACCCAGUAAACCCUACUAAGAUUUGACUUGUUAGUGAGCAGCAGUUAACCAAGUGCUUGCUUUGUGCAGAGCGUUGAACUGUGUACGACUCUUGAUGUGGGGACAGGGUGACAGAGAGCGAUCCAUGAAACAGACAUCUGUUUAAGAAGUGAUAUUUUAGAUGAACCUCAAUGUGGUGUAUUUCUAAAAAAUAAAUGUGAAGUAUCCUAAGAGCCUAAGUAUGUUUUUUUUUAAUGGUCCGAAUCCAGAUCAUUCUCUCAUCAUUUUUAUUGCUUCUCAUUUUGUUAAGUGAUGAAAGGGAAAAGUUUGCUUUGACUGGUCAUACUUUUCUGGAAAUUUCUGGACUGGUCCCUUUAAGUCUCUGGGAGGUGGUCUUUCCAAUUGUUUUGUGAGGGAAUAUGUUCAUUUUGGGGUUUUAUGCACUUUAAAUAUCACUGAUUGUGGUUAUUGAACUUCUCUAUGGCAGAAUGGUAAGCACUUACCCAAAUGUUUUAUGACUCGUGAUAAAUACAAAAUGAUUUUGGGAAAUAAUUCUUGUCUCCAAAAUAUGAGACAACUAUUAACAAAGCAUUUUUGUUUUAGGUUUGGAUUUUCUUUCCCUUAUUCCAGUUGAUCCCCAGGUAUGUACCCUGAGUUUAAGCAACUAAUUUGUAUUUGAUUGUUGGUUAUGUCAUACUAACUAAAAAUGACCAGUUGCAUAAAAUCAGGACAGUCAACUUUCAGUUACUCAACUUGAUGGAAAGGAAUUACUAUAUAAAUAUCUCACAUUUUUAUUUGGAGGAAGAAAGUUGCUAUUUUUAAAUUUAUGUUAUUUUGACUUAAUAUCUGAAUUUUUAAUUACAUUUUAUUCAGCGUAAUAAUCAGUUGGCAUUUCCUACAAGCACUUGAGUGAUUAAAAUGAGGGGAAGCAAUGAUCCCUGGAAGUUAAAACUUGACAGAGAUUAUUUAUGAAACACUCGUUCUGUAUGUAGAAUAGAGUGGAAGAUGGUUCAACAGGUUUGAAUCAUUAGUUUUAUUCUUCCUUGUGUUUAGAGGCAGUCAGAUUCAGAUGUCGGGGUUGCCCCAGUCUGAAGUUGCUAUAAACCAGUCAUUCCUGUUUUCUCUGCCAACGAUAAGAAACUCGAGUAUCCUAGAGUCCCAACGUGAAGACCUGUAGCACACCUGGACUGACAGGCCUAUAGCGGAGGCAGAGCAGAGGAGGGAAAGGCUUGGGAGAAACAGAAGGGAGUGGGGGAGGGAAACAGACUUGGAGAGAAUUGCUGAGAGUAGGGAGGGCCAGAAGAAGACCCACAGACCACCGCAUUGUAGCCUCAGAGCUUGCUAAGUCUCGUAGCGGCCUUCUGUGUCAGGACUCUGUAUCUGAUCACAAAAACAGCACUGGGUGUUUGGGCCCAGGUUAACGUGCGGAAUGAGGAAUCUCUUCUCACCCUGAGUUGACUUUGUUAUAUCAGUAGAUUCUGUAGCAAAGGUAGCUGUAUGUUUUUCUAGGAAAUGGAUUCUUCAGGCUUAUAAUAUUACUGAUUUUUAUGAGAAUCAUCCUUUAAAAAAAAUGAUCUUGGAACCCAGGGGGUUUUGUUUUCAUAGUGCUAUUUGGCAUACUGUCAGUCCGGCUAACUUACUUGUUAGGCCAGUAGAAGGGUGAGGUGGUGCCUUCAGUUUUCCUGAGAAUCCUUAGUAUUCUUUACCUCCAUGGUGCCCCCUUAAGCCCUGUUAUCUUUGUGUAGAUAUGUGCCAGUUACACAGAAAGAGUUAGAGGUGAAAUGGCUGCAGCCCGAGUGUUACAAGAAUUCGCAGGGCCUACUGACAGCAGGAUGCGGUGUCUAGCCUUCGUCUUAUAAGCAGGAGAGGACCUUUUUAUUACCAGGCAGUCGAAAACAGCCUGAGAGGAAGUAGAAAUAAAAUGCAAGUUUCUGGCCUUUUUUCCAGGUUGUUCCCUCAAUAUUAGUGGAAAAUUAGAAUUGAUCUGAUUUUAAAAUAGUUUAAUGCCUUACAAUUCUCUCUUCAGAGCUUCUGAGAAGCUCUUUAAGAACUAUUCCUUCUCCCCCCCCCACCCUUAACCAAUAUCCUUUUGAUCUCUUUGUGCAUGACUUUCAUUUUAUUGAUGAACCAAGACCGUUACCCAUCCUAAUCACUAAACUACAUUUUUCGGUGAAGCAGCCUGAGUUUUGGUUGCUGCUCUUCCACUGACUGGCAGUGUAAGCCUGGGGCUGUCGUUGCUGUUUUAAGAUCUUUUGGAAGAUCAUGUAGUCGAAACAGCUUCAGUUUUAAAUUCCUGUUUGGUGAUUUAAGUCUAAUGAUAGGCUGAGAAAUUUACAGAAUUGAUAAUAUUGAUAGGAUAUCCUUACUGAUCGUCUUUGAUACUGUUAAUCUAAAGACCAACUUUUAGGGCUUCUCGUGUAUAUUUUGGACCUCACUUACUAAAGUCAGUGCUGUUUUUUCUCACAGAAAAUAUUCUGUGGUGACAUAAACUGUUAGCUCCUGUCUCUCUACUCCUCUUGGGCAAUAUUAGAGUAGUAAACUUGGGUUUGAAUAUGGGGGUCAGCGAUCAAGAUGGUAAGGAAACUUGAAAUAUGAAUUCUCAGAGGGUGGGUAUUGAGUCUCACAAGGAAGAUUAGAUUAGAUCUCUUUUAAGAUUUAUUCCAAAAUUUUGAGGUUAUAUGGGAUACUUCUUUGUUCUGAACAUCCUGUAGUGGUAGUUAGCUAGCAUGUAGUCUCUGUUUCAGAAUGAACGCUGUGAUCCUGAUUACACAGGUAUCAUUUCAUGCAUGUCCAGAGGCUUCAAAUCACACUCUUGAGUUGCUUGAUCUUAACAUUAUUCUUGAAAAGUCUGAUUGGUAGUAAAUUUUGAAAGAAUUAUUGAAUUUCGCAUUGGCAUUUUUUCUUAAUACCAUUAGAAAUAAGUAUUUGCUAGCCUUUUUGGUGUGAUUUAAACCUGGUAUAAAUACAUUUAGUGAGCAAAUUCUUUUGGAGGUUAUGUAUGAGUCAUAACUGUGGGGCCAGUAUUUACUAUUAAAUAAUUUUAUUGUUGUCGACAUUUUUAUACUUGUAUCUAUAUACUUGCUCAACUAAUUCUCCAUAGAUUUGAGAAAAUGAAAAAUAUGCCACACUCACUAAACAGUAGAAUAGAUAACUAAAUUCAUGCCACCUUUUAUCCAAAGAUAUGAAGUUUUGAGAAAUUCUAAACCCCAUGGGGAUUUAAAUAUAUGGCUAUCACUUGUACAUAUCUAACGAUUUCUAGUCUCUUUAUUUAAAAUCAAUGUAGCCUCUUCCUCAUCGGCAUCAUUGUUUGUUUCAAGCAGUACUGUCCUCCUAUGUUUUUGGAUAGUCUCACCUCACCCCUAACAGCAAGCAGUACGUCUGUCACCACCACCAGCCCCCAUGAAAGCAGUACUCAUGUUAGUUCCUCCAGCAGCAGGAGUGAGACAGGGGUCAUAACCAGCAGUGGAAGUAACAUUCCUGACAUCAUCUCAUUGGACUAAAGGAGGACUCACUCGAUUCUAGGAAUCAUUCAUCGAAACUGUUCUUUCUUGGAUCUCUGGUCCGUGGAAGCUAUUUUUUUCGGUAACAAUUACUUUGAUAUUUAUUGAAACGUCAAAUGGAUUCUUCUGCUUUCUGAGAGAUGAUCACAGAGGACUGCAGCAAGAACCAAAUGACAUGCAAGGAUUUUUCUUACCCAUGCUGUACUCUGAGCAUCAGAUACAUUUCGGCUCUAACUGUAUCUUCUCCAGAGAUGGAUUUCAAUUUCCUAUGUUACUGGAUGGAUUCUACACACAUCAGUUAAAAUUUUUUUUGUUGUAAUAAACAGCAAUAAAAUUAUGUAAAUAUUCAAGUAAACUUUUUUCUAACUAAAAAAGGAUGUAAUCAAUGAUUCUAAAAUGACAGCAACUUUUGUUUAACCUGAUGUGAAGGAAAAAUACAUGGAAGGAAGUCAUGUUUGCUGAAUGAGUCCUUUCCACGGAGAUUUGUUGUUUCAUCGAAUAAUGAAGUCUUGCUAAGUGGCCAGAGCUUGGCUCCACUUUUCUUCCUGCAGUUCCCCUUUUCUUCCUGAUUACAUCAAAGAAAAAUGGCCUUUGUGUUACUUAUUUUUCCCUGGUUGUCAUUUACACUUUGAUGUUGUUUGCUAGCAGUUGCAAAGGGAAGUUCUGGGAAUCGGCUGCUUGAUUUCAGUGAUUGUGCUGAAGAACACUAUGCAUAUUCUGCCCUGAUGUAAUGCGUGUUAUUUUUGGUAAUUGUCCAUUCUCAUUCUAGAGGUUUCUACAAAAUUGGGCUUGCCUUCCCGAGAAAGAAAUUCUGUGCAGCUAUUGAAUGUCAAAUGAAAUGCUUUUGGAGUAACCUGUGGCUAGAAUGUUCAUUAGAGUCUUGCUUACACUGACCAGGAACAUUGUGAGCUUUGAGGCAGUAGAAGAUCAGAUUUCGGGGAUGUGGGAUUAACAGUUUAAUCUCUUUCUAGGAACUGCUUUUGCUCAUUUAUUUUAUAGAAUAAUAUACAAGUCUUUGUUGAAACUUUUCAUGUUUUAGUGACACUAACAAAGCGGAUAUGAUUUAGAACUCUGGUCACGCAUUUCUCACCAGUACAGUCCCAGUGAUGAUUUUCAAACUUAAUUAGAAGACACAAACAACGGUGAGGCAUGGGGACUGCAUUGGAUUUCCUAUUCCUUUUUUUUAAAGAAGUAAAUAACCACAAAGGACACACAAAGUUAGAAGUGUGUGAAUAUAAAAUAAGGAGGUUUGGGGGAGGAUGGGCCUGUAGCCCACUUUGAAAACCACUCACUCAGAGUGGUCUUGAUUUUCAGUCCCCCAGGAGACUGACUUUUACCCUUAGAGAAACAUUUCUAUCCACAUUUUAUAUUUCCCUUUGUUUCAUUUGGCUCCCUAAAUUUUUGAGUUCUCAAGGAAUUAAUAAUUUUCUAAUGUUUAUCUUUCUCUCCCUAACUGUGUCUACUUUAAAAAUAAAAAACCCUUUUUAAAAAUGACUAAUCUAACUGAUUCCUCAGACCGAAGUGCCCAGCCGAAAAGAUCGAGUUCAGUUAGACCAGGGACACAUUGCAUUACUUCAGGGUUGGUGGAACUCUAGGAAGCUGACUUGUCACUGCUUGGGUGGUUUUUGUUUUUAAAUGCCUCGAGUUUUCAUGGCGCUGUGCUCCUUUUAUACUGAUUUAAUUUCAUGUGAUUUUUUACAUCAUCUCCUUUGGCUCCAUCAUCCCUUUACUUAAUGCAUUCUUUCUUUUGGAGAGCUGCUUACUAUUGAGAACAUGGAAACAAACCAGAAUCUUCUUGCAGCAGUUGCACCGUCAUUGCCAGUUUCACCUUCGUAGUCAUUAGAGUUCUAGUUCAUGUUACAGGCCUUUGGUCCACAUAGAGAAUUUGUUCCUCGUAAGAUUUUAUGUUGCUGCUCUACACACAGAUGCAAUCUCUGUUAACUCUGUAAUCAGAUAGAAAACGUAACUCUGAUUUGUGUGGUAUAUAAUUUGUUAAUAAAUAAAUGAUGUAUAUUUGUUACCAUUUUGUUACCCUUUAGAUUCUUGGACUCCCCCUCCCCAGUGUAAUCAACAAAGUUUUAUAAGGUUAAAUGAAAAUAUAUUCAUAGAAAUUAUUUACUUGGUUCUUGUAACCGAUACCUCUGUGCUUUUUAUAGUUGUGCUUUGUUUCCUUUCUACGAUUUUAUGUGAACAGUUUUAGUGUUCAUUUUUGGUGCUUUAUACUGAAAUUACAUAAAAUUAUAAUUUAUACAGGCGACUAACAUUUUUAAAAAUAUACUUUUAAGUUUGUAAUCUUAAAAUUGGGGCUUUUAUGUAUGCAUCUUUGAGGGUGAGUACUUUUCUUUAUGCUUUUGCCUUACAACAGCAUGAUCAUUGAGUCGUUAUGUUUUUGUUUUUUUUUUAAAGCAUGGUCACCAAAUACUUCUCCCAAGAUCCUGACUUGUUUAGUAGUUUAUUUUACUUGCCCAGAUUUCCGCGUAACCCAGCGUAAUGCAGUUUCAGAGGAGGUUGUCUUAGCUGUUACGUAGAUGUGAGCCUGCUAGUGAUUAUGUAGAGAUCUUUUAAGGAAGGAAACUGCAGACUGCACCUACUGGUCUCCUCUUAAAACACUGAGGCAGCCUGUGGCUUUGAUCCUUAUUCAUGUAGAAAUGUUAAGAGCUUUCCUGGCUUUGGUGACUCCUGACUACUACGGACCUGGUGCUGAGAAUAGCUUCACAGCUAAACUCUGCUGACAUUCACUCACUUUCUGACCCUUAGGUGAGCCACUUUAGGAUUUUUAAUUUCCAUUUCUGCCCAGAAGGAGGUAAAUGCCUUUACCAGAAGGUAAAAAUACUUGGCAUCUGCCAUAGAAUAAUUAUAAAGCCAAAUGAAAUAAUAGCGUUAAAUUUAGGUUAUGUGGCAUUUACAGUGUACUUCAGGAAAGCUAGGAUGAAAAUAGUAUGAUUAGGGGAGGGUUGUAAGUCUAAGUAAGUUGAGCCAUGCCUCUUGACAUAAAGUAAGUUUCCCUAGAGUAGUAUCUUAAACGAGUUUGAAGGAGGAGUAAAUUUGGAUUUUAGGUGAAAUGGUAUUCAACAAAGACUUCUUGACAUUAAACCUUUCAGGCAUUCUGCCUUCAGGCCAGUCCUGGAUACUAGUCAUUUAAUAACCAAGCUUGUUUUCCUUUUGCUAAUAAAGUAUUCAUUAGUUACAUUUUGUCUUCUUAAGUAAAUUUCAUUUUUACAAAAAAAUUAAACAUUAGUUUAAUUCUUGGGUAUGCUUUUUUAUUUCUCUUUAACUCCCAGUUGGUACAAAAGCGUUAACUAUUUACCCCCCCCCCUUUUUUUUCUAAGUAAACGCUUGUUUUCCUAAUUCUUUUCAUUUAAACUUGGGUGUGAUGUGUUCUGUGGCCCUGGGUCCAUGUGCUGUGGGAGCAUAUUGUCAGUAAGGUCAGUGAUGGACGAUUCAGUCCGAUUCACCGUUUUUUUCUGUUGCAGUUCUACAUGAAUAUGGUGAGACUUGUGGAAAAAAAUUUAAGACUUUCUCUGCUUUUUUUAAGAGUCUGAUGCUCCUGUCAAAUGAAUGACUGGUUUGUAAGCCCCCCCCCCUUUUUUUUGUUAUUAGGAGCCACACUCCCAACUCCUAGCAGAAACAAAUAAAGCUAUAUGAAAGUG